AUGUUCGCCCUUCAAAUUUUUGUUUGUGAUUUGAUGAGACCGAUCAUCUUCGUCCCAGUACUUGGAUAUGGAACAUAUGGUGUACUCAACGGAGUUUUCACGCCCUUCUCACAACUUCAACUCGCCGCAGCCCUACUUCUGGCCGUUGUUGUCUCAACAACGGCUCUUUUCGAGUACCGUCAUCAUGCAACUCUUCCACCCGAUUCUCGGCUCAAUUUACCGACCCGUAUCCGAGUUGUAAUCUUCAUUUUUCGUUUCUUCAUCGGUUGCGGUGUGGCAGCUGGAAUUCAAGUCUUGUCCAAUGAUCAGGAAGUAGGAAGGCCGUUCUGGGUCGAGGUCCGUGGGUUCAAUAAGAUUUAUUGGUUUUCGUCAUAGCUGAAAUUGAAUUUGAGACGGGAACUUUGGACUAGCCGCGGAACUAGUUACAUAGUUUAUAUGACGUUAGGUUCCAAGGUCUCAAUGUAAUUUGCUUUUUUUAAAAUCUAUCUUAUAUGAAGUUUGACAAUUUGCUGACAAGGUAGACUAAAGAAAUUGUAGCAAGAAAAAUUAUUAACUUCAGAAUUUGAAUAAUUGAGAAGAACCCAGUUCAGAUGAACUAUGCGGAGAUAUAAAAAAAUCAAAAAAAAAUUAAUAUUUUCUCAUCUCUUAUUGAAAUCGAGAAAUUCAGAUGGGCUGAAAAGCCUCUCCCUUUUUCUACUAUUUCUUGAACCUUCGGAAUCCCAGAAAAAAUGAAGGGACCCUUUUUGCUGCCUUUUUCUGCUUUUUUUGAGCCUCUUUAUUUUAUCGGCAUUGUCCACCAUUCCGACUUUGCCCGAGUUGAAUGGUUUUUCAAAAGUUUUCAUUCCACUUCUAAGAAGUUUAUAGGCCCCUAUUCAAUAAAAUAUUCAGAACGCUCCAUGUCAACUUGAUAAAAGUUCAACGGACCCUUCAGUCACAUUUUUCUUCACUAUCGAUGGUGUCCUAACAGCAGUAUCCAUCCUUGUAACCUGCGCCGUGAUACCAUUGGUUGAGAUGAUUUUCUACGGAAUACACUCAAAUUUGUAAUGAUACAAAGUUAAAUUAAAAAAAUUUUUUUGAUGAUUCAGACAAAUCCGCUCGCCGAGCUCAACGAUUUCCAGUCAAUCCAGGCGGCUUCAGAUCAAUUUUUUACGCGCUCUUUUUAUACAAGUUUGGUUUUCUGAUUUUUGAAGAUUCUCAGAGAUUCCAGGAAUGUGCCCCAGUUCUUAUAGCCUAUCCUGAACCUGUUUUUUAUAUUUCCUUCAGUUGCCUCACUUGGGUUAUGUAUUUAGGUGAGUGAAAUUGGUUUUUGAAAUGUGCGAAUUUUCAAAUUUUUAACCGUGUAAAAUCAGAAACAAGUUUUUUACAAAAAAAAAUAGCUACGGCUUACGAACUCCAGAGGCCCCUAUGGGGGCAACCUUAGGGUCCCCUCUAGGGACCACUUUACUAACCUCUAUAGGGGCCACUAAAACUUGCAAAAGGAGUCCCUAUAGGGGACAUGCUAAUCGAUACUUGUAAUAAACUCUAGGAGAAGAAGCAUUUCCAUGGGGAAAAAACUGAAUAAAUAAUUUUUUUAAAUCUUAAUUGAAAGACCCUUAUAGGGUCCACUUGAGCUUUAGGGGCUAGGGGGUCAGACCCUAAAUCCCUAUAGAGACCACUUUGUGGUUUUUCAAAGUUCUCGAUGGGCAAUAUCAUAGUCUGGUUAGGAAGCUCUUUAUUUUUGAUAAUUUUCACACUUAUUCGAAUAGUUAGCUCUUUUUCUUUUUGAAAGGUCAUUGUUGUGAACUUUACCAAAGAGCACCUGCCCAAUUUCCUUUUACUUUUUUUGAUUCAAGUUUUCAGAUUUAAAUAACCUGGCAAUCCUUCUGAUUGCAAGUCAUGGCGUAUUUGCCAGCCUCGCCGUUCUUCUAGUAAAUCGGCCUUAUCGAGAGUUCCUCCUCAAUCUGAUAACGUGUAAAACGAGACGAAAAACUGUACAAGUUUCAAUUGGCGUUGUCUCCACUCUAUAAAUUGUUUAUUUGAUCUGAACUUUGUUGUUCUAUGGCGAUUCACUUCCAGAGUUUGCACCUGCUGAUUAACCUUUUUCUCACGCUUUCAAAGUUCCUCAAAGUUCAACUGAUUUAUGUGGUUUUUGAGCUAGAUGGAGUGUUCUCCGUGUCAUAAAGAGGAAUAUUUUCUUAUUCUAAAGGUUAUAUCAGUAAUUGAAACGUUUCUAUUCAUCCUCACUACUUACUGUAUCGUUUUUCGAUCGCCAAAUUUUAUGCAAACUUUCAAAUGGUUGUUGUUCAAUCAGCAAUGUUGGUGAGGUUUUACAGUUUAUGUUGAAAAAAAAAUUUGAAUUGUUCAGCAGGGAAAAAAUUUCGAAUUUAAACAAUGUGCUCUGAAAUUCUCUGGGGCCACAGAAGUCUUGCAUGAUUUAAGAUAAAAGCCCAAAGGGCUCCCAAACAGGCGGAAGCUGUCGUUAGUAGGCGUGGCUGACUGCAACAGCGGCACGGUUUAAUGCAAUAGGGGCGCGAGGAUGAGAGUCAACUUUUGUGGAUUUAGUGGUUGGAAAAAGACCAUUAAUUAAUUUUUUCUAGGUUCUCGCAAGUUAUUUAAGGUUUUUAAUGUGUAUUAAGUGAUAAGAAAUCUGUCUGUCUAUUCAGCCCGGCCAGACUAAUCGUCUCAAAAUUUCUGAAUUAUUUUUGAAGAAAGAAAUUAUAAACAGUCUGAAAAUUUCAAUUUUCCAAUAGUUUUUUAGGAUAUUCGUGCUCCAACUUUAUAUUUGCGAUAUGAUGAGACCGAUCGUCUUGUUCCCAAUCCUUGGAUACGGCACUUACGGUAUUCUGAGUGAUAUUCUAACGCCAUUCACACAACUUCAAAUAGCUGGAGCUCUAUUACUAGCCGUUUUUGUCUCAACAACAGCUCUUUUCGAGUACCGCCAUCAUGCAACUCUUCCACCCGAUUCCCGACUCAAUUUCUCAACUCGUUUUCGUGUUCUAAGCUUCAUCAUCCGUUUUGUCUUUGCUUUCAGCGCUUCUGCUGCGAUUCAAAAUCUAUCAAAUGACCAGGAACUUGGAAGGCGGUUUUGGGUCGAGGUAUGUGUGCGCAGUGAAUUUUUCAGCUUUCAAAUGAAAGAAUGGUGGUAAAAAACAACUCGAGAGGUUGAAAAUUUUGAAAUUCGAAUAAUUUUUCGAGUUUGAACGAGUCUGAGGCGUCCUCAAAUGAGUCCUUUCUCCUGCAAUGAUUCAAAAAAUUUUCAUUUGGUUUGAAAAGUAGCGAUUCAAUGAAACUUCUAAAUUUUCUCGAUAGAUCGCUAUUUUUGAACCUUCGUUGUAUAGUAACGAUUUGUGAAAGCAAAAAUUUUCAAGAAACCAAAAAAAAAACAAUAUUUAUAUAGGCUCGAAAAAUCACAGAAAAUAUCGUCCUCAAGGAAAUAGGAGCUGAAUUCACGUUUUAACAAAUUUCCAAGUUUCGUCCGAAUUUAGAGAUUAUCAACUCAAAGUAUAUCUAAAAGAUUGUGAAAAGGAUCAAAUCAGAUGGGAGGCAAUCGGGAAAAAAAGAAAAAAAUAUUUGAGGAUUUUUAUAUUUCAUUUCGAGCGAUAAAAUUUUUAAUUUAAAUUACAUAAAGUAUCUGGGUUUCUAUUGAAAGAACAUGUUCAGAACGGCCCAUGUCGGCUCGAAAAAAGUGCAACCGACCCUUCCAUCACAUUUUUCUUUACCAUCGAUGGUGCCUUGAACGCUGUGUCCGUCCUCGUCGUCUGUGUCGCUAUACCUUUGGCUGAGAUGAUCUUCUAUGGAAUUGACUCUUACUUGUUAGUAAUAUAAUAACGGAGUCUUCAAAAUUCAUUAUAAGUUUAGAAGAAUCCGCUCGCCAAGCUCAACGAUUUCUACUCAAUCCCGGAAGCUUCAACUUAAUUUUCUACGCGCACUUUUCAUACAAGUUUGAGAAAGUUUAUUUUUGAUUCUCAGGGAUUCCAGGAAUGUGCUCCAGUUCUUAUAG